CUCCAACACUCGACAUUAGGCACGCUGUCAGAUAGAGAGAACGGAAACUACUCGCAAUCCGCGAGAAAAAUCUUCCGUUUUUCUCGACCAUGGAUCUGCCUCGUUUCGCACCAUUUCCAGACGCGAAGGUCCGCCACAGUAUCCUUCCCCACGAAUGGGAAGUAUAUCUGGACUCCUGGACCUCUCUGGCCGAGCUAUACCUGCGGCUGAACGAUGAGCAGUUCUCUUCCGUUAUCUCCGAGGAAGCAUCUUUGACCGACUUUCUUGUCUCUUUCUUCCAUGAGCUGGCCAAUGACGACAGCAUCCUACCGAAAGCUCUUUCUCUGCGCAAGAAGUGCUUCUUUCUCAUACACCGGCUUUUUUCAAGAGAAGAUGUGCCGGCACAGCUUCUAUACUGGGAGACAUUGUCGGAUAUUUGUCAUAAUUUUCCGAAGAGCGAACGGCUUCGAGGCCUUCUGGACAGUCUCUGGAAACGGAAAGGCACGGCUAUCGAGAAGAGUCUGCAGCAAGCAAGGUCUUCAAUAAUUAAACAGCUAGAUUCGAAGAGACCAGAGGACGCAGAGGGAACCUUGAACAGGAUCGUCCCUCUGCUACGGAUGUCGUCACAUGCCGGCGCGUAUAUGCUUACUGGCUCGGACUUCUUGGACUCCUUGUGCAAUGCCUACCCUAAGGUAGCUUCCGGCCUUCAGGUGAAGCUGGCCACCACGGCGUACUUGGGACUGAUUGCCUUGCUCGAGAGCCCCAAGCCGAAUUAUUCCCAGUUAUCAGAUCAUUUGUACACCCUCAAGACGAACGGGGAACAACAGCAGAAGAGUGGCUCUUCGAAGGCACUCAUUGCAGACCUCGCCACGAAUACCCCAGUUCUGAAUAAGAUCAGGGACAAAGCCAGUGCACCGGAGGCAGCGAGAGUAAGGAAUACUGCGGCCUCGCUUUCGGCGUUCCAACAGUCCUCUGUCGCGCGACCGAAGAAACUCGUCCGGCGUAAGGUGGAGAAAGGCAAAGGGAAGGCUCUCGAUGGCGAGUAUGGUCAUGGAGCGUUUGGUGAGAUUCAUGUCCACCGCAUGAGUUUGAUCAGCCAAAUCCAGGACCUUUUUCCUGAUCUCGGAUCCGGCUUUGUAGCAAAGCUGUUGCACGAAUACAACGAUAACGUUGAAGAGGUUACAGCACAUCUUCUCGAGGACUCUUUGCCUCCGCAUCUCGCCAACGCCAAUCAGAAAGAGCAGCUACCAACUACCGCUUCUACCUCUAAGCCGCAUCUCACUCCCCGGUCCACUCCUCCGCCUUCCGAACGUCGCAGCGUGUUCGACAACGAUGACUUCGAUAGACUUGCCGUUGAUACCUCUCGUCUGCACAUUGGUCGGAGGAAUCAACAGCUUACUGCAGACAAGAUCCUCUCGGACCGCAACAACGCGCCAAGCAAAUCCGCGAUUCUUUCUGCUCUCGCGGCUUUCGACUCCGACGACGAUGAGCGUGACGAUACGUACGAUGUUGAGGAUGUGGGGGGCACUGUGGAUUCAGCUGCUCCAGGACCUGAUGAAGCAGAUGCAGAUCUAAGGGAUAAGAAUGAGGAGACCUUGUUCAGGGCCUACUCCUCCACGCCGGAACUGUUUGGGCGAGAUGCCGAAACUAGACGAGGCAAGGUACGAACGGCAUUGAAGAGCGAAACGGGAAUGACGGACGAAGCCAUUGAAGGCUGGGGAAUCAUGAUCGCCCGAGAUCCCAGGCGAUUAAGGCGACUGGAGUCCAAAUUCUCUACCUUCACAGGUCAGCAAACGGGACUUGCUCCCACUGCUUGGCGAGACAGCCCCGCGGGUUCCGAUGCCGAAGCGGCUGAAGGAAGUGCAGAUGGCCGACGUGGUGGAAGGGGUGGCUGGGUUGGAAGAGGCCGCAGCAGAGGCAGAGGACGUGGGGGUGGUGGCAGAGGCGGAGGGAGCGUCGCCGGAGCGUCUGACGACAAGUCGACACAAGUCUCACGCCAGCGAAAGGAAGCAGGCAAAGGCUCGCGGGCGAACCACAACCGUCGAGAUCAACGAGCCAAGAAGAUGGCAAGAGGCGGAUUCCCGGGAUGAUCAAAGAAUUGGGUACUCUACCCUGAAUCGCAGCUGAACGCUUCCCUAUGCAUCUCUCGGAAGCAGUGCUUAAGGAUGAAAGAAUUUGGUGCACAAGGAAGUAGUUGAGUGCCACAGGGAAGUACUAGUCGCGUUUCAAUAUGCCCUAUUCAGAUUUGGCCAGACUAUGAUAGCGCGGUCUAGUCACCUCCACGACUAUGCAAGAGCCCUGGGGGGAGGCUU